AUGCAGGUACGUAUUGGAGAGAGUACAACUUUGAAAAGUCUGAGAAGGUUUGUUAAAGCUGUUGUUGACAUUUUUGGAGAUGAGUAUUUGAGGACACCCAAUAAUAAUGAUACAACUCGGUUACUUGCACUUGGGGAAGAAAGAGGUUUUCCGGGUAUGCUCGGGUCACUUGACUGCAUGCAUUGGAGGUGGAAGAAUUGUCCGUCAGCUUACCAAGGCCAAUAUUUUGGUCAUUAUCAUACACCUACUAUAAUUUUAGAGGCAGUGGCUUCACACGAUCUAUGGAUUUGGCAUGUAUUUUUUGGUUUACCUGGUUCUCUUAAUGACAUCAAUGUUCUUCACCGAUCUCCACUAUUCGCAAAGAUAUCAAAUGGAGAAGCUCCACGAGUGAACUACAACAUAAAUGGCCAUAACUAUUCAAUGGGAUACUAUCUUGCAGAUGACAUAUAUCCAUCUUGGGCUACAAUGGUCAAGAUAAUUCCAGAACCACGAGAUAGAGGAACCAGUAGGCAUGCAUGUCAUGGCAUCUUCAGCGAUAGGCAUGGCAUUGCUGCUGCGCGCAGGCACAUCUCUUCUGUCUUCUCCCCACAGGCCACCUGCAGCUCGUGA